GGAAGGAAGGAGCCGCCGCCGCUGGAGGUGCCGGCGGCGCCAGAGCUGCUGCCGCAGCCGCGGGCCGAGCAGCCGCCUCCCUGCCGCCGCGCCGGGCAGGGCGCGCUCCGCAGCCGACAUGUCUCAGGAGCGGCCCAAGUUUUACCGGCAGGAGCUGAACAAGACGGUGUGGGAGGUGCCCGAGCGCUACCAGAACCUCUCCCCGGUCGGAUCCGGGGCCUACGGCUCCGUCUGUUCUGCCUUUGACACCAAAACGGGGUUGCGUGUAGCUGUGAAGAAGCUGUCCCGACCAUUUCAGUCUAUCAUCCAUGCCAAGAGGACCUACCGAGAGCUACGGCUGCUUAAGCACAUGAAACAUGAAAACGUGAUUGGUUUGUUGGAUGUGUUCACACCCGCCAAGUCACUAGAAGAAUUCAAUGAUGUGUAUUUGGUAACGCACCUUAUGGGAGCAGAUCUGAACAACAUUGUGAAAUGCCAGAAACUCACAGAUGACCACGUGCAGUUCCUCAUAUAUCAGAUUCUUCGGGGACUGAAGUACAUCCAUUCAGCUGACAUAAUACACAGAGAUUUAAAACCUAGUAACCUAGCUGUAAAUGAAGACUGUGAGCUGAAGAUCCUGGAUUUUGGCUUGGCCCGACACACGGACGAUGAGAUGACGGGGUAUGUGGCCACCAGGUGGUACAGGGCUCCUGAGAUCAUGCUAAACUGGAUGCAUUAUAACCAGACAGUUGAUAUUUGGUCAGUGGGCUGCAUUAUGGCUGAACUCUUGACUGGAAGAACGUUGUUCCCCGGUACAGACCAUAUUGAUCAGUUGAAGCUCAUUUUGAGACUCGUUGGAACCCCAGGGCCUGAGCUUUUGAAGAAAAUCUCCUCAGAGUCUGCAAGAAACUACAUUCAGUCUUUGACUUAUAUGCCGAAAAUGAACUUUGAAAAUGUGUUUAUUGGUGCCAAUCCGCUAGCCGUGGACUUGCUGGAGAAGAUGCUGGUGCUGGAUACAGACAAGCGGAUCACGGCGGCGGAAGCUCUGGCUCACGCCUACUUUGCGCAGUAUCACGACCCUGACGACGAACCCGUGGCAGAUCCCUACGAUCAGUCCUUUGAAAGYAGAGAGCUGGAGAUUGAGGAGUGGAAAAGCCUGACUUAYGAUGAAGUGAUAAGCUUCAUACCACCACCGCUCGACCAGGAGGAGAUGGAGUCCUGAGGAAGCGUGUGCUCCCGUUYGUCCCACGUCACUGUGAGGGGAAGGCCUUUCCGCGGGGACUCUCCGACUGUCCAAGUGCCUGUCACAACGAUAUUCUCCUUGGUGGAGGGGUUUUGUGUGUGUUGAAGGGGGGGAGGGAGGGAGCUGACUCUCUGUAUCCAUGCUGCAUGCUCUCGUGUAUUCCGUGUCCAGCCCGGGCUGAGCCUGCAAACCCCUGUCCCGGCUGCGCUGGGCUCCUUGCGCGUGCCCGCGGGCAGCCCGUUUGCCAGGCCGGGCAGGCAGGGCGGCGCUGCAGCUGUGGCCGCCGCCGGUUGGGCCAUCUGCCCGUACGUAACCUCGCAGGUACGGAGCAAAGAGGGGCUUCGCUCUCCGAGUGCUCCGCUUUGUUGGGGACUGAAGGGGAGGUUGAGGGGCGUCCUCGUGCCGCUCCAGGGGGCUGAUUUUCAUCCGGAUUUUCCUGGUGCCAUGUACAGCAGAAUGUACAGGCCUCCUGAUGACUGUCUCAGAACAGGAGCAGGGGUUGGUAGAAAUUGUAAAUAUGUUUGUGCCUUAAACCAAUAGGGAAAGAGGGGAAAGGAAGUCUAGGGUGGAAUGCGACCCUGCUGUCUUCAGGGGAAAAGGCUCCGAGGUAGCCAGGCAGGAACACUAUGUCACCAGGAAACAGCCUUCCGAGCGUCUCUUCCUGGAUUGGGGAUUGCCCUAGUUCUCCCUCUUCCCCUCCUUUCAUUCUGAGGCUUCCCAGCGCUAGUUCCCAGGAAAGAGAGCCUGGGGAAGGUUCUUGCUAGCCACCUGUUUGUGUAUUUUGUUCUUUAAGAGGUGAGGUGUUUUUGCAUGUCAUAGCUGUAUGUGCAUGUAGAGCAGCUAGGUUCUUGUUUUCCUUUUUGGGGAUGGCACUGGGGCAGUUAAAUCAUCAGUGAGCGUUUUUACGGAGUACCUCAGCCAGUGCCAUGAGAUCCCAAUAUCCUCCCUCUUGUGCUGCAGCUCGCUGUGAAAUUCCUGCCAUUCGGAGGGCUUGGACGUGGAAAGGACAGAAUGUACAGCAUAGAAACAGGCACCUUUUUCUUCAUCCCGGUCUUACGGUUUCGGAGAAGGAGACUGGGAUGGAAGCCUUUUGUGAGAUCAAAUAUAAAAAAAAAUGUUCUGCAAGGAAACAAAAGAAACAAUUGGCAUAUUGUGCUGGAAUCUAAGUUAUUUCCUGAAAAGAUUUUUUUUAAAUAAAGGACAUGUUGGAAUCCAAAGUAAAGAAAUAGGCACGCAUAAAACCACAAUCCCUUUCACUGUCUAAAUCUAUAAAUACAUAUAUAUACAGAUAAAUAUAUAUAUAUAUGUAUAUAAAAGUAAGAAUAGUAUUAUACUAGAUGGUCUUUUACCCUCUCGGACAAGAGCUGCUUGGCUGCUUUCUAGCAGGUUGAUCUCUGCCUGAGGAGUGGGAGAAGGGAGUAUGUUUGAAUCCAAUAAAGCUUCAAAUAUUCUGGUUUUUACAGGACUCUGAACGAAAUGCCCGUAAUUAGAGACUGGCAGGAGGGAGGGGUUUUCAGCAUUUUUUGUUGUUGUUGCUUUGUGUUAAAAUUGUACCUGGGGAGCACAAGAGCCCAAUUUCAGCACUUGGGGAGACGACAUGUUUAGAUGUUCAUCUAAGGGGCCUCCCGUGUGGCCUGCGUACCCGUGUACGUGAGGAGAAGGCUUUGCAGUAUUCCGUGUCCUCGUAACUUGCGGGACGGAGACAAACAGUGUGUAGCGUCUUCUGCCCUGUGUUUGAAGAGGCAGCGCAAAGGGAUGGACGUGAAUAAAGAAGCCAUCAAUUCUUCCUAGGCCGCUUUCCAGCGGUCUCGUCAGGUCAGAUGUUUGGGGUGAGGGGAGGGAGCAGUUGCUAGAGCUCUCCCCAGACCACCAGAAUCAAGACAGGAAACCUUCCCUUUCUGCUGGACUGGCAGUCCAUGUAUUCAAAGGAAAAUGUAGAUAUUCUCUGUAAACCUACCACAAGAUUAUUUUUAUCAGCCGUUUUAUGUGUAGAUGCUACGGUGUGAUUUCAUGCGGAAAUACUGCUAAACAUUUUUAAAAAUAUAGACAUUGUGGGUGCGUG